AUGGCAACCCCCCUUUUCGCCCCUUUUUUCAUCCUCCUCCUCUUCUCCCCUGCAUCUGCCCACGCCCAACAAAUUGGCACCCUAACACCCGAACUCCACCCUCGUUUCCCAACUCAGCAAUGCACCUCCUCGGGCAUCUGCACCACCAAGCAAACCUCCCUCGUGACGGACGCCUUAUCCCGCCACUUCCACUCCGUCUCCGACCCCUCUGUCUCCUGCGCUUCUGUCGAUUUCCUCUCGAACCCUUCGCUUUGUGACCCCGACGAUCCAGCUUCGUGCGCAGCAAACUGCGCCCUCGAAGGGAUUGAAUACGGCGGAAUUGGCGUGUCUGCUGUGGGCUCGGCAGUGACACUGAGGCAAUACCUCUUUGACGGAGCUGAAUACCGCGCUGUCAGCCCGAGGGUCUAUCUCCUCGCUGAGGAUGGAGAGAAUUACGAACCUCUGACGCUGCUGGGCCAGGAGUUGGCUGUAGAUGUCGAUGUUUCGGGACUGCCCUGCGGGAUGAACAGCGCCGUGUAUCUGUCCGAGAUGGACCUGAGCGGGAGCAGGUCGGAGAGCAACCCUGCUGGGGCGGGGUACGGGACGGGGUAUUGUGAUGCGCAGUGUUUUAGGACUGCGCCGUGGAUCAACGGGCUGCCCAACCUCAACUCCUCCGGCGCUUGCUGCAACGAAAUGGAUAUCUGGGAGGCCAACUCCCGCGCCAACUCGUUUACUCCCCAUACCUGUUCCUCUCCUGGGUCAUUCCUCUGCUCCAGCGAGGCAGAGUGCGGCAAGGGAGCCCCAGGAGUCUGCGACAAAGACGGCUGCGGGCUCAACACCUUCAACCUCGGGAGCCCUUCUUUCUAUGGCCUGGGACUGGACAUCGACAGUUCAAACCCGUUCACCAUCGUCACCCAAUUUCUCACCAACGACGCGGGUGAGCUGAGUGAGAUUAAAAGACUUUACAUUCAGAACGGACAGGUUACCCCCAACACAGCCGAGACGACUGACUCGAGAUUUGACGGGAUUUCAUACGAGGGCUCUAUCACAGAGGAUUUCUGCGCAGCCAAGAACUCAUCUGACUACCUCCGACUUGGCGGCAUGAAAGGGAUGGGGGAGGCUCUGGCGCGGGGCAUGGUCUUGGUUUUCAGCCUCUGGAACUCGGAAGGGGACUUCAUGAGCUGGCUUGAUGGGCUGCCAAGUAACGGGCCUUGUAAUGCCACUGAGGGCGAUCCGGCACUGAUUAGGGCACAGGUCCCAGAUGUCUCGGUUACGUUUUCGAAUGUGAGAUGGGGAGAGAUCGGGAGCACUUUCUCCAUGUCUGGCGGGGUGAAGGAAGAAGGAGUGGUGACGGGGCCAGAUAUUGUCACUGAUGCUGCUGUCGCGGUUGAGAAUAGAGGGACGAGGGUGAAUGUGGUGACUGGGCCGGUUUUGGGGCUGGCUGUCAUCUUUGGGUUCAUGGCGAGCGCAUGA